CCUACAUCACGCUUCGAAGAAAAUGGCGGAAUGUUGAUCUUGAGACGGAAUACUUGCAAAAUAGUUCAUUAUUAUUCAGGCAUUAAGACGUUGUGGGGAUAGGUCGCAUGUUCCUAGGUCAUUUACCUUAUAAACGGUUUCUUGUUUUUACGUUACAAUCAUUCAUGUUGCAACGUUGAACCAGUUACGAAACUGUCUACAGUGUAGAGUUGACACGUUCAACUUAUUUUAGCGCGCCAAGAUUGUGUUAUGGUAUUUUGCGGCCAGUCACGACCUUCUGGUUGUAGUGCCCGGAGUGGAAACGGAGCCCAAACGUGACUUGUUGCAAAUAAGAGACUGAAAUGCAUCUAGUUAUCCGUCAUCUUCUCGCGAUAUUCAAUAUGUUUCGAGACGGAAAAGACAGCGAGCAAGCCUUGCUAGGCUGGAGUAUGUUGGAUCACGACGACAGUGCCAAUGACAUCUACGAUUUCGACGAGUAUUCGAGCUCGUCACGGCGCUUACCUGAAGAUGUGCAUUCGGAUGUCGUUCAUGCGUCUCAAUCUGCUGAUGUGCACUUCUUCGGAGAGAGGAAACGAGAUUUGCAAACCUGUACGGUAUCAGCGUUACGAUUGUCGGAAGCAAGAGCGGAACCGACUGGCGACCCUGCGACACCACAAAAGCUACCGAGCGACAUGCGCCACUUAAUUCCGAAUACCUUAGCAAGCGCUUCAUGGGACACUGGCCUCGAAACUAAUACUUGGAGAUCGUGUUUCGUAAGCGAUAGGACGCAAAUCAGCAGUAUAUGCGGCAGAUCGACACGCAGAAGGCGAAAGACCUGCAAUUUUCAAGGUAACCAGUGCGUGAUUGAUGAAAGCAGCAGCGACGAUUCCUUAGAAGGCAGCAGUCAUAACCAGGAUAGGGCUACUCGAGCUCGUGUGGCCAUCGACGAAAUAACCGAAGACGAAAUAAACAGCUCAGCUGACGCAGAACCAACAAGACUACAACCGUUGUGCGCAGGAUCGCUGAUUUCACAAAGCGCUGUUCAGUCUGCUUCCAAUGUUUGUGAUGCACAGUUCAGCAGUAUCGAAAGCCCUGCGCCGAGGCAGUUCGCUUUGAAAAAUGGAUUUGAAGAACGUCUUUUGGUCUCCAGGCAGAAGGAGAGCGCGGACUUGACGCUUUGGAAAUUCUACAAGGAAAAUGCUAACUUUCCAAAAACAUUUUCUCGUGAUGCUCCUGAAACAGUUACGGCGAGGAUACUUACCUUAGAAAACGUUUAUGGCAUCGCCUACUGUGCCUGUGAGGUUGACAGCCUUACACAUGACAUUUCAAACGUGUGCGUUACACUUCCAUUGGAAAUAGCCGAGCGCGAAAAGCUUCACCAUGGUGCCGUCGUACGUAUUUAUCCUCCGUGGAGAGAGCACACGCUUUUAACUUAUCCCGAAAAAAUAAUUUCGGGUGUGCAAUGUUUCGAAGUUCUGGAAAGACAUUAGCUGUACCGUAUAUAUUUAAAAAUGAAAGGUGUUGCUGCCAUUAAUGUAUAGUUUUAAGGAGACAUGAUUAUUAUUUAUGUGCCUUUACAAAAGUUUCUGUAAUGCCAAAGUCUCAUCGACGACAGGCUUAAUACGGCCCUGUUUUAAGUUUGCUUCACUAUUACAGAAGAGCUUUUAUAACACUGAGCAGUUCUCAAUUUUAGAGCAAAGGUUUCUUUGCCUAGCCCCCCAUGGUUUGGUGCAUGUUCUGCAAGUAAUGUUGCUGACCAACAAGUAGUGAGUCCACCUGUUUUGUGUCAUCCAACCUUUAAAUAAUGAAAUAAAAUGUAUAUGUAGUGUUGGC